AAUAAAGUAUGUUGGCGUCUUGUAUUUCUACCACGCCUCUUACAUGUUGAAGCUGAACAUUUAGACAAUUAUCAAUUUAUUGCUUUCUUGAAUUUGGAAGAUCUUCUGGAACGACUUGAAGGGCAUUUAAGCUGGAUUGAUUCAUACUUUCCUCAUACUUUGUUGCUGAGUAGAGUGAUAUCCUUGGAUCACUUACCUUAG